AUGUUAUUGCUCCUUGCACCACUGAUAUCUAUUUUUGAUAGCAUUUCUUUAAAUAUACUCCUAGCAACACAGCACUUUAAGGCUGCAGCAGAAGCUUAUCAAACACAUGAUCAUCUGUCAGCACAACAACAUUCUCUAGCUGGAAGAGAGAAUCUUCGUGUUGCUCAAGAACAAAACCAGAAGGCAGCUGAAGAAAUUUUUAAAUUCAAUAAUCGCAAAAACAAAAUCUGGAGGGUAGAUUUGCAUGGUCUCCAUGGAUCAGAAGCUGUUCAAGCUCUUCAAAGUAGAUUAAAUGAACUUGAAUUGGAUAAAAUCGACAUCACUAUUUCCAGAAAGUUAAACUCAUUGGAAGUUAUAACAGGAGUUGGCAAACACAGUCGCGGGAAACCGGUACUCCCAACAAUUAUUAGAAGUUUCCUUAACCAAAAGAAGUAUCAAUUUGAGGACGUUAGACCAGGAGCACUUAAAGUUUGGCUUCAGUCGUCAUCAAGUCAAGCUAUUAGAAGCAGAUAA